AUGCGGCGGUGGGGGCGGAGGGCGGAGGGCGCGGUGGGGGCGGAGGGCGCGCUGCCGCGGUACUCGCAGGAGGAGCUGCGGCGGGCGACGGGCGACUGGCGCACCAAGCUGGGGGAAGGCGAUUCCCCACACACCCCACUUCCUCGCACAAUCCCCCUUCCUCCUCUCUUCCUGCUUCCCGUGAUCCCCCAUCCCCGUCCCCUCCCCACCCCCAUCACCUCCUUCCCCCCUUACCCCCACGCUGCCGUCUCCCCCCAUCCCCUCUCAGCAGACAAAGAACUAGAUCCCGUGCUUAUGCGCGCGGUGGGGGCGGACGGCGCGCUGCCGCGGUACUCGCAGGAGGAGCUGCGGCGGGCGACGGGCGACUGGCGCACCAAGCUGGGGGAAGGCGGCUUCGGCGCCGUCUACAAGGGCUUGCUGCUGCUUCCGCGAAUUGGGGGGGAUGGGGAAGGGGACGGGGGAGGGGGAGGGGAUAGGGAAGGGGAUGGGGAGGAUGGGGAGGAGGAGGAAGGGGAGGAGGGGGUUGAGGAGGGAUUGGAGGGGUUGGAAGUGGUGGAGGUGGAUGGGAAGCGGUUUGUUCCGGUGGCGGUGAAGAUGUGCUUGACAGAGGGCGAUGUGCACGGGGGGAGAGAGCAGCUGCUGACGGAGAUCAUGGUGAUGACGGCCCUCCGCCAUCCCAACGUGCUGCGGCUGCUGGGAAUGGCCAUGUGGGGCCAAACCAUCUCCUUGGUCUCUGAGUUCGUCCCGGGUGGGGACGUUUCGCAGCGGUUAGAGAAAGCUACCAAGGGCGUGGAACCUUUCCCCUGGAAGGACCGGCUGAGCAUAGCGGUGGGGAGUGUGGCGGGGCUGGCAGCGAUCCACAAGGAGGGAUUCAUCCACCGUGACUUCAAGGCUGCUAAUGUGCUUCUAACGAAGGAUCUCGUGCCAAAGGUGGCAGAUUUCGGGCUAGCCAAGACCUGCCAGGACAGGACACAUGUCACGACACGAGUGGCGGGAUCACAGGGAUACAUCGACCCCUCGUAUUUUGAGACAGGUAUACUGACAGAGCACUGUGACACCUUCGCAUGGGGCAUCUUCCUGCUAGAGCUCCUCUCGGGCUGCUGCGUGAACGACCGGCCAUUCUCACACCUGCAAACUCUAGCCACGGACCCGGAUCUCUCGGACUACUCCCAAGUGGUGGAUAGGAAUCUGGAGGGGCAGUGGAGUGAGGAGGAGGUGCGUGUCGUGCUUUCUGCGGAUUCUUGGCGGGCGGAAGCGACACGUUUCUGCGGGUUUCUGGCGGGCGGAAGCGACACGUGUCUGCAGCUGAUUGAGGGGCUGUACUGCGCCAUCAUGUGCGACCCGGGCGCGAGCAAGUACCUCUCCGUCCAGCUCGCGCCGUCGGGGAAGCUCGCGGACAGCAACGGCACGAUCCGCAUCUGCAACGACUUCUCCAACCGCGUGUACGACGCGUGCCAGUCGCUAGCGUUCCCAGGCGUCGCGCUCACCAUCGCCAGCUUGAUUAAAAACCCCGCGAGAGUCGUGGACCCCUCUUACUGGCGCUACAUCCCCUUCACAUUCCCCAACACCCCCCCUCCUCCCCCCACUCCCCCCAACUACCUUCUUCCCCCCUUCCCCAUUUCCCCUCCCCUGCCCGCCUCCUCCUUUCCUCUCCUUCAGCCUCUGUUGUUCUGA